UAAUAACUCAAUUAAAGGAGCCAAACGUGAUAUUUCCAUAAAUUAAUCAUCCCCCAUAUCCUAGUGAAGUUCACUGUGCAGCUUAAAGCGGCAAUCUCUGCGAACGGCAUCGCGCACGCGGCGAGCUAGCCAAGAAAAUGCUCGAAAGGGCCCACUCUACGCGGCGGUCGCCGCACGCCAUCGACGGCGUCGGGACAGCGGAAGACGGAGGCGGCGAAGCCGGCGACGAGUCCAAGACGCGGAAGCAAAUGCCCGCGGUCGUGCGGAUCGCCAAUUACUUGACCCGAACCGGAUAUCUGUGGCCCAUUCUUCUAAUCGUGCUGAUUUUCGUUGCCAUCGCGACUGUAAUUAUCCACUCGCGAGAUUUGGUCUGUAUCUCGGCCUCAUCCGCCGAUCACUUAUCGAGGUUAAAGUUCUUUGGCUUUGAUGGGCUGGAAUCGGAUUUCGGAUCCCUUGGUGUUCCCUGGUCUUUGUGGGUCAGAUCGAAACACGGUAAAACUGUGGAAUGGACAUCAAAGGAUUUGCUCAGAGGUCUUGAGGAGUUUGUGCCGAUAUACGAGACUCGGCCCAUUCAGAACAACAUGUAUGGGAUGGGAUUCGACCACAGUUUUGGGCUUUGGUUUAUCACGAGAUGGUUAAAACCGGAGUUGAUGAUUGAGAGUGGUGCUUUUAAAGGUCAUUCGACUUGGGUCUUGAGGCAAGCAAUGCCGGAUACACCUAUUAUCUCACUUUCGCCACGUCAUCCAGAAAAAUACCUGAAGAAGGGGCCCGCUUAUGUCGAUGGAAAUUGCACAUACUUUGCUGGGAAGGAUUUUGUAGAUUUUGGAAGCAUAGAUUGGGAAAGGGUGAUGAGAAAACACGGGAUUAAAGACAAUAGUCGAGUUCUUGUUUUCUUUGAUGACCAUCAAAAUGAACUGAAAAGAUUAAAGCAAGCUCUGAAAGCAGGUUUCCAGCAUCUAGUUUUUGAGGAUAAUUAUGAUACUGGGACUGGAGACCAUUAUUCGUUCAGGCAAAUUUGUGAUCAAUUUUAUAUAAGAGGUGGGGGACACAGCUGCUUCAAAGACAGUGACGAGGCCAGGAUAAGACACAGGCGUCGAAAAUUCUGGGAAAAAGCAGUCGACAUAAACGAGCUGUGUGGGCCCAAUGAAGCAUGGUGGGGUGUGAGGGGCCAAAUGCGGGACGAUUUUUACCACAGUAACAAACAAAUUACCUACAGUGAACAUUUUCAGAACAGUAGAUUUGUCGAGUCUGUUCUAGACGUAUACUGGGAGUUACCCCCAGUGGCUGGCCCAUCACUCACUCAUCAGACAAGAUAUGACCCGGCCCGCGCCCCAAGCCCGAUUAUUGAAGAUGGUAGGUAUGGUUUAUUUCGAAGGCUUGGGUUAUCACAGUUUGAUAUUUCUGUAUUUAACGGGUAUACGCAGAUGGUUUAUCUUCAGGUAUCUAAACCGGAAACGUGAUUUUCGUCUAUGAGUUUGUUAGUGUUUUUUACUAGUUUCUUGUAACUUGGGCUGUUUGUCGAUAUAUUGAAUGUGUUUGUAGUGCUUGUAGGGAUUUUACUGGUUUUUUCAGGUGUUCUUUGCUUUGUACUUUUGUUAGUAUGGAAAAGAAAAACUCAAAUCAUAUAUUGUUCUCUAAUGACUUUGCUGUUUUUGUUUGGGCAUGCAAGUUAUACAUACAGUUCGUUAGAGCAUCUCC